AGCUGAGCCAUCAGUCGUCUGCUACACACCGCAAAACAGACCCAAGGCAGACAGGUAUUCCCACUGUCAUCACGUAAGAAAUUAUAUAUUUUUCUAACAUUUAGCAACGAUUCACUAGAAACUACAAUGUUUUUCCUAUGUUGUCAUAAUAUAAAGUUGUUCUGUUCCCUUCUGUAAGUUAGCACGCAGCUUCAAUAAUUGCGUAGUAUCACUUUUAAAUAGCGAUGUAUAUUUAUUGUGAUAUAGAUGUUUUAACCUUUAUGUAAUUACAGCUUUGACGGUGUCGCGCAUUGGUUUAUAUUUCGUCUACGAUAACAAUAAAUCAUGUAACUGACUGCACAGCAGCAAUCUGUCAGUUGCACAAUUACUCUGAUCUGAUAUCUGAUCACUCUAAAACUGAUUUUUAUUUCGCCAACAUAUACUCUUACGAUAAAAGUACCUGCUAAUGGAAAUCGUACCAUUAUCAAUAUAAUAUCAAUUAUAUUAACAAUGAAAAACGAUAUGGCAUUCGUGUUUUCCCCAAAAAAGAGUAUACUGUAAACCAACUUGAAGUAAGAUUUUUUAAAUCUUAAAAUCAAAGAUGCAGAUUGAUGUUCAUUCGUGAUUACACACAAAUCAAAUAUCAAAAAUGCUAGUUUUGUCUACCACAAAUCCAGCUAUACAAUUAACUGGAAGAAGUUUACGAUUUUUCGCGACACAGCAGAAAUCACGUCUUACAAUUAAAAAAUUUUAUCAAAUACUCGGAGUGGCAGAAGAUUGCGAAGAUGAAACGUUAAGGUUGGCUUUUGUUGAUUUAGCUAAAAAGUUUCAUCCUGAUAGCAGUGCAAAAGAAGCAAGUGCAAUCAGAUUUUCAGAAAUUCAAAAUGCAUACAGACAGAUACAACGUCAUAGAUUUGAAACAAGAGAAAAGGAAACAUCAGGAUUAUAUCCAGACGUCGAAGAAUUUGACAUUAAGCAUACAGCACCGCAGCAUCGGCAUUAUUUAGUGCACGAUGUAGGAGUUGGUACACCAAGUAUGAGACAAAGACGUUUCGUAGCUGACAGAGCACAAAAAGCUGUACUGAACGUGAUGGAACAUCGAUUGAAAACAAUUCAGUCUGCGGAACGGAACACCCUGGUCGGAAUGGACAAACAACGUGCCAAGGAUAUCAAGACUCGAUACGGAAUGGAUCGACUCGUUGAAGAUUUAAUUCAGGAAUCUAUGAACAAAGGCGAAUUUAACGAUCUGAAGGGAAUGGGAAAGCCCCUCAAACAAGAUACUUGCGGACAAAAUCCUUACGUUGAUUUCGUUACCCACAAACUGAAUCAGGUAUUACUCGACAACGGUUUUACACCAGAAUGGAUACAACUCUCGAAAGAAAUAAGACAAGAUACAGAGACUUUGAAAAAACAAUUAGAAGAAACAAGAAAUAAAUUAGGUGAUAUGCCGCUCUCAUAUCACGACGAAGAAAAAUGGAAAAACACGUUACAGGAUGUAAUCAAAGAGGUAAAAAGAAUCAAUAAAAAUAUUGAUAAGUACAAUUUGAUUGUACCAAUUUUGCAAAAACAAAUGUUACAAAUUAAUUUGAAAUCUUUGGCGGAUAACGCAUUAGCAAAGCCACCAUCUGUAGAUAAAAAUUUAAUUGAAAAAUCUAAAAUUCAACGUAGUUUAUUAGAAAGUAAUAGUGAAUCUGUUAGUAUUAUCCAAAUGUUGUCAUAUAUUUUUAGUAAAUGAUCACUAUUUAUAAGUGUGAAAUGUAAAUAAAAGCUUUUAUUUAUGUACAUAUGGGAUAUUCUUCUAACCAUUUUUUGAAAAGAGUAGAUUUGUAGUAAAACUUUAUAAAAAAUAUACAAAAUCUUGUUAGCAGUUU